CAGGUCUGAUAUAAACACUCAGGAGCUCGCGCAGCUUCAGAUCAGUCUGAAACGCCGUUCUCGCGCUUUCUGGGCCUGAUGAGUACCCGUAUGUCGGAGCUGGAGGGCCUAGGCUCUGAGGGAGGAGGUGGUGGUCCGGACUGGAUCAUGCUGGACCCCCCAGAGCCGUAUGAACCGGUUCAGCACCACUGGUUCUACAACCAGACGUCUGAGGGCAGGGACUGCUGGCAGCCCUUCAGCUAUGAGGAUUCUCACAGACUCGAGGACGCCUUCACUGGUGUGGGUGAGAGUGAGGGGGAGGUGGUGGUGGCUACAGAGGGAAGGCGUUAUGAUGUAUGUGUGAAAGAGAGGAGGCGGUAUGCUGUUUAUUGGGACCAGACCUCAUCGGAGGUUUGCCGCUGCUCCUGGUUCCAUAAGGGUAGUAAAGAGAUAAGCUACACCCCCCACACUGAGGACAUCAGCAGCCUGCUGGAGGAUGCGUAUAUGAUCGCCGUGACUCUGGGAGAAUGGAAGAGUAACCUGGAGCUGCCCACAGGAGAAACAGUCAUUCUGCACAACCCAAAGCUGAUGACGCAGCACCCAAACUACUUCAAGGACUUUCCUCCAUCCCCCGGGGAACGCAGCCAGCCCAGAACCCUAAAGAGAGGGAUCGAGAAUAUCCCAGUAGAAAUCCCAGAGGGAGAGCCCGACAUGGUGGAUCAUCUGGUGUUCAUGGUGCACGGGAUUGGUCCGGCAUGUGACCUGCGCCUCAGAGGCAUCGUCCAGUGUGUAAACGAGUUCCGCAGUGCCUCUCUGGCGCUCAUCAGCAGCCACUUCAGCCCCGCCGAGGUCCACCGCUCCAUCGGCCGUGUGGAGUUCCUGCCGGUCAACUGGCACAAAGUUCUGCACGGAGAGAGCACCGGAGUGGACCGAGAUAUCGAGCGGAUCACGUUGCCCAGCAUCAGCCGUCUGAGACAGUUCAGCAAUGACACGGUGCUGGACCUGUUCUUCUACAACAGCCCCACCUACUGCCAGACCAUAGUGGACACAGUAGCGUCUGAGAUAAACCGCCUGCACAGCCUGUUUCUGCUCCGGCACCCAAACUUCUCCGGCGCCGUGUCUGUGGCCGGGCACAGUCUGGGCUCUUUGAUCCUGUUUGACCUUCUGACCAAUCAGAAAGCAGCAUCAGAGACCUCCGAGCCAGAAGAGGUCUCAGAGAACACAGAAGACUUCAGCUCCUCCUCAGAGCCACCCUGCAGUUCCUCAGACAGCCUGGAGGAGGUGCUGACGAGCAUGGGGCUGGAGGAACAUCUGAGAAAAUUGCAGAAAGAGCAAGUGGACAUGGAGGCUCUGAUGCUGUGUUCUGAGGGGGAUCUAAAGGAGCUGGGGAUCCCACUCGGCCCUCGCAAGAAGAUCCUGCACUGUGUGAAGAAGUGGAAGCUCCAGGCUCCUGCUGUCCAAACUGACAAACAUUCCCAGAAUUCAUCUAAACUCCAGACCAUCCAGGAGACCCCUCCCACCACCAGUGCUGUGGACUACCAGCACUUUGACGUCGGCAUCGGACAGGUGUCGAUCGAUUACCCCCAGCUGGUGUUCCACCCGCAGGCCUUCUUCGCCUUCGGAUCACCCAUAGGAAUGUUCCUGACAGUCAGAGGGCUGAAGAGGAUCCACCCCAACUACAGCUUCCCCACCUGCAGGAGCUUCUACAACAUCUUCCAUCCUUUCGACCCGGUGGCAUAUCGGAUAGAGCCCAUGAUUCUGUCUCCAGAUAUGGACGUCCCACCCAUGCUGAUGCCCCACCACAAAGGGAGGAAGAGGAUGCACCUGGAGCUGAAGGAGGGUCUAACUCGCGUGGGUUCGGAUCUUCUGGGCUCGUUACGGACGGUGUGGCAGAGCUUUUCCCAGCUGCCUGUUCCAGCAUUGGCUGAAGGGGGCGCUACAGCAGCAGCAGCACAUCUAAAUGAGGAUAUGGAGACGUCUGUGAUGGAGAACGAGGACAGGAAGGAGGUGACUGUAGGGAAGCUGAACGGUGGUCGACGGAUUGAUUACGUCCUUCAGGAGACACCGAUCGAGAGCUUUAACGAGUACCUGUUCGCCAUCCAGAGUCACCUGUGCUACUGGGAGUCUGAAGACACAGCGCUGCUGGUUCUGAAGGAGAUCUACGGGAACGGUCCGUCCGGAACUUCUGCUCAGCAGUAGCAGGUCCAGUCCAGGAGUCUUCUGUGUGUGUAAUGAAGACGUGUGGUGUUACACUGCCAAAACCUUGUGUGCUCGCUUGUGCUCCAUGUUGAUGUUUACAUAUGUAACCACUGACUGGCAAUACUCCGCUUCCUGUCCUGAUGGGCCAAGUGUGACUUCCAGUCCCCUAACCUGCAUAAAACCAGCAGCACAAACUGGUUAAAAAAGGGGAACAACAACAGUUUUCAACAACAGCUAAUCUUGGUUAUUCAGAUCUUUUUCACAGACUGUGAUUUUACCACGUUUCCCUGAACUUACUCUGACAUCAGCGAAAUCUGGACAGCCAGAAACAACAUGUAAUUUUAGCUAAGCAGAUCCAAAGCACAAUUAAAGAUGGUUUAAAAUGAAAACAUAAUCAUAUUUGUAAAGACGUGACAAACAGAAAACCUGCUAAACAAGUGCGAGUGAGAGUCCUAAUCCAGUUUUUGCUUCUCCAAUCUGAUCUAUGUAUUUAAUCUCGAAGUAUCAAUGCAGAAUAUCGUCCAACACCAAUCUGAACCAAGUACUUAAUGCUAAAUAGCGUUCAAUAGAAAUCUGAUCUAAGUACUUUAACACAGUGUAUCGUCCAAUAGCAACCUAAUCCAAGUAUUUUAAUGCUAAUUAUUGUUCAAUAAAAAUCUGAUACAAGUACCAUAAUGUAGAGUAUCAUUCCGUAGCAGUCUCUUCAGUGUAUUUUAAUUCUGAAUAUCGGUUAAUACCGAUCUGAUAAAAGUACUUUAAUUUUGAGUAUCGAUUACAACCAAUGUUGUCCAGUACCAAUCUAAACAGAAUACUUGUUGAGUAAUUAAUACCAACCCAAUUCGAGUACUUUAAUGUUGCGUAUCGGUAAAUACUGAUCUGACCCGAGUACAUUAAUGUAGAUUAUUAUUUAAUAGAAGUCUGUUCAGAGUAUUCUAAUUCUGAAUAUUGAUGAAUACUGAUCUGAUCAAAGUACUUUAAUAUUGAGUAUAGGUAAAUACCGAUCCAAUUCAAGUACUCCAAUGUUGAGUAACGCUCAGUACUGUUAUGAUCCAUGUAUCUUAAUUCUCAGUAUUGUCCAAUUACCCAUUCAAAGUUCUUUAAUGUUGAGUAAUGUUCAAUACUGAUCUGAUCUGGCAACGUCUGGUUCUCAGCAGAACGUCAGCAGGUUUUCUGUUCUGUUUUAAGUUCAGGGAGACGAGCUGUUAAACCAGCUGUCUGUGCUAAAUAAUUAUGAGCUACAGAUUAAUCAGAUCAGGAUUAGACUGAGAAACACUGGAUGGAUUAUUCCGUUAAUGACCUGCCAGUGAUCAGAUAAGCAGAACCGCAUUUGGAUCCGUGAUCCAGGUUUGAGUACCUCUGUUUUUCUUUGCCACGUUUUCAGCGAGGCCAGUGAUCCGUUCCAGGUUUUCCUCUCAGCCCCUAACACUAAAUCAGAACCUCCAUCUCGGGUUCUGAGACCUGACGCAUGGCACGUGUGCAUUACCCUGCUCCGGCAUGCCUGAACCAGCUCGCAAGGGCUGUAAUAACCUGGCCAGAUGUGCCAGGUGUGCUGGAGCAGCCCCUGCAGUAGGAGGUAGACAUGGGUGCUGGGUUUCACCUGUCAGUAUCGUGAAGAUGAGCUGAACAAUGGAGACCCUGCGCUCAGUCUGCCCCGCUGUGUAAACUGAACCUCAUUUAUGUGUGUAAACACUAUUUAUUGCCUCUGUAACCAUAACCAGUGUUUUUGUAAUUUUUCCAUGAAAAAAUAAUGAAGAUUGCUCACACUGUAUGCAUUAUGUAUGAAGUUUUAUAUUAAAUAUUUUACUAAUCUA